AAAUACGACUACAGUUUGGCCAAUUUCAUAUUCUUGUUUUCAUUAAAAAAAAAAAAAAGAGAAGUAUUGAAAUCAGUUUGCAGUCACAAAAUCAUCAUGUAUAAGUUCAUCAAUUCUUCCUCAAAAUCCAAAUUAAUACCCCUAUUAUCUAAUUCAAUUCUGUAUAAACCAGCAUGUUCAUCCAAUUUAGUCUCAAAUUCAAGAAAUGAAAUUUCUAAAAAAAUUCAUAAGCCAAAAAACGGAAAUGGAAAUCGGGUUUUAUGGGGUCGAAGUGGAUUUAGGAGUUAUAGUAGUGAAUCAGAUAGAGAAACUAUGAAUUAUGAUGUGGUGAUUGUUGGAGCUGGACCAGCUGGGUUAUCAGCUGCUAUUAAGCUCAAACAAUUGUGCCAACAAAAGGAUGUUGAUUUAUCAGUUUGUGUUGUUGAGAAAGGAGCUGAAGUGGGUGCUCAUAUCUUGUCAGGAAAUGUAUUUGAGCCACGGGCACUCGAUGAACUCGUUCCCCAUUGGAAAGAGGAAGAGGCUCCCAUUGAUGUCCCUGUUACCUCUGAUAACUUUUGGCUGCUUACGGAAAAUCGUGCCUUUUCACUUCCAAGCCCAUUUGACAAUAAGGGAAACUAUGUCAUAAGUUUGAGUCAGUUGGUACGUUGGUUGGGGCAGAAAGCUGAAGAGCUAGGAGUUGAAAUAUACCCAGGUUUUGCUGCUAGUGAGAUUUUAUGCAACGAACACAACGAGGUUACUGGUAUUGCUACUAAUGAUAUGGGAGUGGCUAAGGAUGGUUCCAGAAAAGAGAACUACCAGCAUGGUGUUGCACUGAAGGGCAAGUUCUGUUACUCAUUUUUUUCCUUGUUUAUUUUCUGCAAAGAAGUUCUCCAAAUUUACAUUCUGUCCACAGUUACUGCAGUUUUUAGAUGACUAUCUAAUGGAAGU